UGCCAAUUGGUCCACUACUGCGGAGACGCUAGCUCACAACGACUAUCUCGGUGUCUUGGCUCUUCAUUCAAGGCAUUGCGCCGUACGGGAUCCUGCAGCAAUCAAUGCUGUUGCUGUAUUCCACCGAGCGUGCGUCGACCUGCCUCUACAAUUCGCCGAUCUCAGUAUGGCCCGCAAAACACCUCGGCUUCAGUACUCAAGGGUCCCGUAGUAUGUGCUCCUGACGCGUUAACGAUGCUUGAAAGCACAUACAUUGCGGGUGGUAUAUAGUCGAGUGUAGCGCUGCUCGUGAGAAAGUACAGACACAGUCUGCCGCCAACAUGCCGUCCGCAUUGUCCACACUCGUUUCGCUGCUGUUGGUCCUCCAGCCUGCUGUUGCCCAAACAGGGACCUUCAACACCAUUACGUUCAAUGUCGCCGGUCUGCCUGAUCUUCUGAAUGGCAACGAUGUGCCCGGCGACAAGACGGUCAACACAGCGCGCAUUGGCCAGCUCCUCACCGAGCAUGAUAUCGACCUCAUUCAUGUCCAGGAAGACUUCAACUACCACGCUACGCUGUAUGCGAACGACAAGCACCCGUACAGGACUGCGACUAGUGGAGGAGUUCCCUUUGGCAGUGGAUUGAACUCGCUGAGCAACUUCCCUUUCACAGACUUUGAAAGAGUCAAGUGGAACACAUGCAGCACCUUUGAUAGCGCGGACUGCCUGACGCCGAAGGGCUUUACCUUCAUGAGAGUGAAGUUUGCAGAGGGUGUCUGGGUGGACGCAUACAAUCUGCAUGCUGACGCUGGUACCACAGCCGCAGACCUGGCAGCCAGAGCGUCCAACCUCCGCCAGGUCUCAGACCACAUCAAGACUAACUCCAUCGGCAACCCCGUCGUCGUCUUCGGCGACUCCAACACCCGCUACACCCGCAAGGACGACAUCCCCGCCAUCUUCGCCACCGAGAAUGGCAUGAAAGACGUCUGGCUCGAACUGGUCAAGAACGGUGUCGCCCCCGUCGGCGGCAGCGAGGCCCUGCUCUGCACCAACCCCUCGCCAACCACCGCCUGCGAAACCGUCGACAAGGUGUGGUACCGCGGCUCCGCUGCGCUCUCGCUCCAGGCCACCACCUUCGACUACGCAGGCGACAUGUUCCUGCAGGCCAACGGCAGCAUCCUGAGCGACCACAACCCGGUGCUCGUCGACUUCGCGUGGACACUGCAGGGCGCGCUGCGCAUCGGCGACGCGUACGGCGGCGAGUUCGGCACGUGGUUCAACGAUCUGGACACGCUGAAGGCCGCGGGCUCGCCCAAGGUCGCGAGCGUCUCGCUGCGCGGGCAGAACCGCCUCGACGGCGUGUCGAUCGGGCUAGCGUCCGGACAGACGCUGACGCACGGCGGUACGGGCGGCGCCGCGUCGUCGCUCACGCUGAAUGCUGGCGAGACAUUGACUGCGGCGACGUUGUGCCAGGGCGAGCGCGACGGCAAGACAAGGAUCUUCUAUGCGCAGCUGCGGACGAGCGCGGGCAGGAGUGUGGCCGCGGGAACGAAGACGAGCACGUGCGUUGAGCGGACUGCGGCGAGCGGGUACGCGUUUGUUGGGUUUGUCGGGCGGGCGGGCGACGAGGUUGAUAAGCUGGGGUUUGUGAGCGUGAAGGUAUGAGCGGGAGGUGUGAGCGUGAAGGCGUGAGCGGGGGAGUGUGAAGCUCCGGCCGUGGGUGACUGUCGACACCAUCACUUUGUUAAUAAUUAAUCAAUGCUUCAAAAUCGAACACACCUGGUGCACACUG